AUGAGACUGCAGAGAAAUCACUAAGGAGCCAUACAAAUCUUAAAAAACAAAUUGGAAUCUUAUGAACACCUUCAAAAAUAGCAACUCUUGUGUUAGUUAUUUCCAGAUGCUCGAAUGUGAUUAAUAUUUGACUAAUUUAAUAGAAAAUGGAUAAAACUCCACUUGGAUAAAGUAAUUUUAACCACUUAUCAUUUGAAUUAAAUGCUCUUUAGUUAGAAUCAAAAGCCGACUCAUGUGUAUUACAUUGUAGAGGGUGAAGUAAGAUUGGAAGAAACACACAUAGAAAAAAGGAUACCUAAGAAUAAGAUGUUGGCGUCGACAUGUAUGGCAAAGAAUAGAACAUUGUUAAUAAAGUCUGCUGGCUCUUUGGUUGGAGUAUGAAAAUCAUUUAAAUUUUAGGAAAUCGAAGCGUUGCUCGAAAAACCUUAUCAAACAACUGCCAAAAGCAAUGUUCAUUACAGUAAGGUCCUCUUGAUCCCCGAAGCAAUUUACAUAGACUUGAAAAAACAAGAUUACUUGCAUCAGAGCCUUGAAACCCAGAAUCAAAAGGAUUAAUUAAUCUUGAAGAAGAUCAUCCAGCUAAAACGAAGAAGAUUGGAAUUGCAAGAGAUUUCCCCUGAGAGAGAUUCAUCUUCCUAAACCAAGAUUAGUCGAGAAGACUUCAUAGUGCAAUAAAACAAAAGAAUACAAAAGAAACAAAAUUUUGAAUUCAUUAAUUUAACGCCAGAAGCUCCUUUGUUUUCUGUUAAAAAACUCAAGAGAGUGGCUGCUCCUGAUGAAAAGCCAGAAAAUAGAACUCGAUCUAUAUCAGCACCUACUAAAGCUAAAAUGCUAUCUACCAUAAAAAGUAUUAACAGCACUGAGAAAAUAUUGAAGACAGAGGAAAUUGUACGAUCUCGUGCUAACACUAUCAAUCUUGGAGAGAAGGGCAGACCUUGUUCUCGAGUAUUUUGGUAAUAAAUAUUUCAGAAACUUUGA